UUCACACUUCCGCAUUGACUGGUAGCAUGUGGAUGCAGGAGAUGCUUGGAGGAAGGAAUGAAGCAUUUCAGCGAAAUUUUCGAAUGUCACAAGAGGUGUUCUUGAUGUUGUGCAAGACAUUAGUUGAAGAUUUUGGCCUUCCAGUACCACAGCGCCCUCAUGGUAUAGACGUAGUUAAGAGUGUCGGCAUGUUCAUAUUCGUGUUACGGGGCUUCACGAGUUGGGACAUAGAAGACCGUUUUCAACACUCGGGGGAAACAGUCUGGCGUCAUGUAAUGCGAGUUCUUAAAGCGAUGAAGUUGUUCACGAGAGUACACUGCCGACCGACAAGGUCACAACACAGUAGACAUCCGUACUUGGAGUCCCGACGAAAAUAUUUCCCAUUCAAAGACUGUAUUGGCGCGCUUGACGGCACACAUGUGGAGGCACAUCUCCCUCCUCAGGAGGCACCGCCAUAUUUUGGCCGUAAAGAACGGCACACGCAAAACAUACUCGCAGCGUGUGAUUUCGAUUUGUGUUUUAUUUUUAUAUCUUGCGGAUGGGAGGGAAGUAUGCAUGACAGUAGAGUUUUUAACGAAGUCACAUAGGACCCAGCCAAACAAUUCCCCAUGCCAGAGGAG